AUGGCUCAAUCCCGGAGGGACUGCAGCUGCUGGGAGCUUUACCUCCCAGUGGGCUGCCUGCUCCUCUCCGUUCUGCUGUUUCACCCUGCUCUGGCCAAGGUGUGCAACGACCGCACCAAACACGGACAGGACAACAGCUGGUUCACCAGAGACGGGGAGAACUUGCCCAUCAUGGUCCUCAUGCCCAUGAACGAGUCGGCCCUCAUGAGCAGCAUCAGUCAGGGAAUCGAACCCGCGGUUCAGCUCGCCAUCCAACAUAUACGGGAGACCAGGAAGUACUCUUUUUCCCUCAUCACCAAAAUUUACGACACUGAGUGUGACAACGCCAAAGGGCUCAGGGCCUUCUUUGAUGCCAUAUGCUACGGUCCCAAACACCUUAUGAUCUUUGGUGGAGUCUGCCCCUCCGUGACAUCCAUCAUCGCCGAGUCUUUGGAGGGCUGGAAUCUAGUGCAGCUGUCGUUUGCAGCAACAACCCCAGUUCUGGCUGACAAGAAAAAGUACCCUAACUUCUUCCGGACUGUUCCAUCGGACAACGCUGUGAACCCGGCCGUGGUCAAGUUUCUCAACUACCACAACUGGACCCGUGUGGGGACCCUCACACAGGACGUUCAGAGGUUCUCAGAGGUCAGGAAUGAUCUAACCAAUGAGCUGGAGAAAGCAGAGAUUCAGAUCGCAGACACAGAAAGUUUCUCCAAUGACCCUUGUGUCAACGUCAAAAAGCUAAAGGACAACGAUGUUAGAAUCAUCAUUGGUCAGUUUGAUGAGAACCUGGCCUCUAAAGUCUUCUGCUGUGCAUAUAAUCUGAAUAUGUUUGGGAGUAAAUACCAGUGGAUUAUUCCGGGUUGGUACCAGGGCAACUGGUGGGAACAAGCCAAUAACACCAACUGUACCACCAAGAAGCUCCUCACGGCUAUGGAGGGAUACAUAAGCGUGGACUUUGAGCCGCUCAGCUCUCGACCAAUUAAAGGCAUCUCUGGCAGGACUCCUAAAGAAUAUGAGAGAGAAUACAGCAGAGAACUUCAGCAGAAAGGCGUGGAGGCGAGCAAGUUUCACGGCUUUGCCUACGAUGGGAUUUGGGUAAUAGCUAAAACUUUGACCCGAGUAAGGGAACUCCUCCGGAUAAAACAGCGGCAAAAUAUCUACCACAACUUCACAGUGGACGACCGUGAAGUAGGAAAAAUGGUUUUGGACGUCAUGAACGAGACCAACUUCUAUGGUGUUACGGGUCAAGUAAUGUUUCGAAAUGGGGAACGGAUGGGGACGAUAAAAUUCAACCAAUUUCAAGAGGGUCGGGAGGUGAAGGUGGGCGAGUACAAUGCAAUUGCUGAUGUGCUGGACCUCAUCAACAAUGCCAUCAAAUUCCAGGGUGUGGAACCGCCAAAGGAUCGCACAAUCGUGCGUCCACAACGGCGCCACAUAAAUGUGCCCCUCUACAGCAUCCUGUCCACCAUCACCAUACUGGGCAUGCUCAUGGCUGGAGCCUUUCUCUUCUUCAACAUCAAAAACCGAAACCACAGACUCAUCAAGAUGUCCAGCCCCUACAUGAACAACUUGAUCAUCUUAGGAGGCAUGCUCUCUUAUGCUUCCAUCUUCCUCUUUGGUCUGGACGGGGGAUUUGUUUCGGAGCGAGUGUUUGAGACCCUCUGCACCGUUCGCACAUGGAUCCUCAUUGUUGGAUACACAACUGCUUUCGGGGCCAUGUUUGCCAAGACGUGGAGAGUUCAUGCCAUCUUCAAAAAUGUGAAGAUGAAAAAGAAGAUCAUAAAGGACCAAAAGCUGCUGAUCAUCGUUGGAGGGAUGCUGUUAAUAGACUUGUGCAUUCUCAUCUGCUGGCAGAUUGUAGACCCGCUCAGGAGGACUGUAGAAGAAUACAGCUUGGAGGCAGACCCCCAAGGUCGUGACCUUGCCAUCCUACCCUUUCUGGAGCACUGUGAGAACACCCACAUGACCAUUUGGCUGGGCAUAGUCUAUGCCUACAAGGGACUGCUGAUGUUGUUCGGCUGUUUCCUGGCAUGGGAGACCAGGAACGUGAGCAUCCCCGCUCUGAAUGACAGCAAAUACAUCGGGAUGAGCGUCUACAACGUGGGCAUCAUGUGCAUCAUCGGCGCCGCGGUGUCUUUCCUGACCAGAGAUCAGCCUAAUGUGCAGUUUUGCAUCGUGGCUCUGGUGAUCAUCUUUUGUAGCACCAUCACCCUCUGUCUGGUCUUUGUUCCCAAGUUAAUCACCAUGAGAACAAAUCCAGACGCAGCCACUCAGAACCGGAGGCUAAAGUUCACUCAGAACCAGAAGAAAGAGGAUUCAAAGACCUCUACCUCAGUCACCAGCGUCAACCAGGCCAACACGUCUCGACUGGACGGACUUCAGACCGACAACCACCGCCUUCGCAUGAGGAUAACAGAGCUGGACAAGGAGCUGGAGGAAGUGACAAUGCAACUGCAGGAUACGCCGGAGAAAACUCCUUUUAUUAAACAGAACCAUUAUCCAGAUGCCAACAACAUCCUCAGCAUAAGCAACUUCACGGAUGGCAAAGAUGGAGAGAAGUCGAUAUUGAAGAACCACCUGGAGCAGAAACCUCAAGCCCAGUGGGGGUCCAUGGAUCCUUCUCGAAUAAACAGAGGUCCCCUGGAGGAUAUCAACUCUCCCGAACACAUACAGCGUCGGCUGUCUUUGCAGCUGCCCAUCCUGCACCAUGCUUACUUACCCUCAAUAGGAGGGGUCGACGCCAGCUGCACCAGUCCUAAUGGAAGCCCUGGUUCCAGCCCAAGGCACAGACACAUGCCCCCUUCCUACCGUGUAAUGGUCUCUGGUCUGUGAGCUUCAAACCACUCCCCACGUGGCUCUUUGCAGAAGGGACGCAAAUUGUUCUUUUUUCUACAGCAAACAGACUGAUGUCGUCAGCAUAUGUGCGUAUUUUGUCUUGGAUCAUGGAGGACAGAGGGAACAAAGUUUUGCUCUCUCUGCCUGCCUCUGUGCCCCAGUUUCUCACGAACUGAUGUUGUCAGUCAGACAGAGCUGGGCGUUGACAGAGUGUGCACUAGAGGACCCUGAAAAACUUCUGUGAUAAACAUCCCCCUGGCCAUCAGCCCCCUGAAUAGGCAUAUACAAAUAUGCACAGUAAUGCACAUUUAUACACAAAUAAAGGCGUGUGCAUAAGCACAGUGACAUUCCAACAGCAGCAGCAGACCAGCCCUAAUCUGACAUGUAGCCUUACCUGCUUCAGGAGGGAUUGUCUGGUUUUGCUUCCUAUCUGUUCUGUGUACAAUUCGUGCCCACUGUGAUGUGUGGGCUUGUCAUCAAAUUUAAGUAUUUCACUGCUUCAGUGAUUGGAUAUAGAUAUUGGGGUGUGGCACUUGCAGUACCCCGCUAAACAAAUCAUCCUUUGCCUCCUAACUUUGUUCAGUCAUGUAAAUAUCAUAAUUUCUGACACUGAUGUACUGUAUGCUUUGUAUAUGCUGUGAAUGGACAAUUUAUUGGGUUCUAGGUGUGGAGCAGGUAAAUAAUUUCAAAUGAAACUUUAUAAACAAAUUAGACAGACGGAAAGAUAUACACAUUUGUUAAUGUAACAGUUGAUAUAUUAGUUUAUGGGCAGCAAAUAUACUUCAAAGUCUGACUUGCAGAAUAUGACAAUGCUUCAGGGUCCACUCCUUCGACUUGGAGUAAGAUGCACAUGGCCUUGUCUCUUCACUUUGGUCGAUUUGUACCACUAGUUUUUGUUGGAGAGUUCAUGUCGGACUUCACACAGGCCUUCAUUUUUAAAACCUAAUUUGUCUUCAGAGCGCAUGUUUUACAGAGUAUUUAUGCCUUUCAACAGGUCUCCAAGGCUGCAUACGUUAGAAACACAGCUAAAAUAUGCCACAAGAGUGUUUCAUAGUUGUGUUCUGUGUGUUACAUUAACAAAAAUCCACAAAUACAGGCUUACGCUUAAACCCUAAGAAAGCACCUUGUGGUGUUUGUAGAGUGGCGGUCCAGGUGUGUUGUGUCACAGCUCAAGCUCAAUGGACUGUUGAAAUGCCCUUUGGCUCUCGCCUUCACAGUUAACCAGCACAGUUAGAGGUAAACGGCUAAAAAGGAUCAAGACUUUGAAACUAGAUUGAUCAGACUAUGUGACAAAAAGUAGGUAAUGGAAAGGAUGUAGGUCUACCAGUUCCUGGACUGAGCAGAAGACCUGAAUUUCCAAGUGAAGUGCGGGCACUCGACAAAUGGGAGUGCUGUGUAACGAAUCCAAACCAACUGUAGCCUCAGAUUCAAGAUGGCACCGCUGAUCAAAGUGAAUGAGCACAGACACAGGGCCUUCUGUUACAGACAAUACUGUGCGUCAUGAGAAAUCACACCUGAGAACAGUGAACAUACCUCAGUUGCUGUAGAAAUGUAAGUUAGUGCCCACACAAAGAUUGACCCGAGAACGUUGAGCACAACACUCAUACAAAUUGUCAUCGCUUUUUUGUAAAACGUUUCCUCCUGUAGGAGAAAGGCAGCAAAAACUCUGUGGGAUGAAGACUUUAUAAUAGAGUGCGAGAAAGGUUGUUCUCAGCAUAUUGUUUCACCAUUGGUGUCUUUUGUUUUUUGUUUUUUGUUUGUUGAGCGCUGUGCCUGUUGUCUUCUUAUAUUGUAGCCUACAGGACCCAAAACUGACUACAUGGGGUCCUAAAUGCGCUUUACCCAGCAUUACAACAUUGGCCACACAUCUGUAAAUUGUACGUGUCAUAGAAUAAUUUCAAUUUCAUGCAUCAGUGAAUAGGACCGUUUUGGUAAGCUCUACUUCAGAUGGAUGGAGUUUGCUCUGCAAGCUGGUGUCUGAACGUAAACACUGUCAAUCAGUCUUUAGCAGAAGAAGUCAACGGACUAGUCAAAGAUGGAGAAGGGAAACGAGCAACCAGAGAACCACAUGCUGCCGGACAUGUCAAGGUGACUCCCAGAGAGAGCUGAUUCCCUUCCAGCCCUUGCUGUACACUCUGAGCACAGAUCUCCAAGGAGAUUUGUUCUCCACCUAGAGAAUCAUUGUCUUAGGACACGUGAGUAACAGACGGUGUCAGAGGGUUGGUUCUUCUACCAGAAGAAACAGCUUUUAUAUAUUACAUUAUAUGUGAUUGUGUACAAUUUGACAAUACUCUGAUGAUGGUGUUCAUGUUUGGAGUAAUUGGUUUUCUCAAAACGGCAUGAAAAUAAAAUGUAUGAUUCACAGAGUUACCUCUGUUUUUGCAACUGUUGUGACAAAUCCACUCUUGUUGUCCACCUUCUUCUCACUUGAUUUUUGCUUCCACUUAUUUAUUUUUUUUUCAUCAAUUUCGAUUCAUUCGACCACUUGAUUGAUUCAUUCAAACAUGUCGAUGCCAAGAUUCUCAACUUUACCUACCAUGUUACUGGUUACUAUCAAUGUUUACCGAGGGCACUAAAGUGAAGGUAGCAGCAAAUAACCAUAAAAAAAAAAAAAAAUCCUGUUAUAAAAGCGUUUACAAAAUAAUGUUUCUAAAACAUUGAAUGCAAUUUUUUUUCUUUAAUUUGCCCUAACGUUUAAUAUAUCGUUAAUUUCUUCAUUUUUUUCAUGGAUGACAAAUUGUUCAAAUGCAAUUCUUGUGGGUCAAGGGCUCAUUAUUUCCUGUGUUCAACAUUGUCAUGUUGGGGGUUUGUAUUGGCCACAGGUCUUUUUAUGUUAAGUUCAAAAUCUCAAAGUGACGUAGAUGAUUAUAUAUUUGUAUGUGUCAUUAUCAGGGUCUCUGGAGAACACGAAACAUAGAUGUGCUGAACUAUAACCAUACGACAAAUAUAUUAGGUGGAGAAACACACACAGGUCCAUACUGUUUUGUCAAUUUGAUAUGUGGUAUCACAUGGCAUUAGGCUCAGUUAAGACUUAAAAAUGGUAAAUACAAGCUAUAUGAAAUAAAAGUUCUUCAAGAGGGGCAAUAAACUUUUGUUAUAACAAAGAAAUAUAUACAUAAUUAUAUGAUAUAUAGAUAUCUGUAUAUCUAUAGACCGAUAUACGUAUAUAUGACAUUCAAAUUUUUACAUGAGAAAUAUUUCACAAAUAUGACACAAAGGUUGUUGAAAAUCUUUAUGUUUUAUUUAUUUACAGUAUCUGUAACUAUGUUAUGUACAGACGAGGUAUAGCUAUGAAAAAGUUGUAUAAAAAUAAGUAUAACACUUGGAACAUCUGAACAUUUUUGAGCCAUUAGUUUAUGAGGGUCUGAAGAACAUUAUUCUUUUGUUGUCUGAAUGUUAUGGACAGCUUUUCCUUUGAAAUCAUCGUUAAAUAAAGUGUGACUGAAAGUCAA